CAAAGAGACAGCUGUCAUUUAAACAAACGUCAAAGUCAAAUUUUAUUUUUAGGUUAGUUUAAUAGUUCCAAAACAAAAUAGAGUUUUCAAAAUAUUCAAAUACAUUUUCUUUUUAACAAUGGCUCAUGCCCAAUUUUUGGAUGAGCUGAUUCGCGAAUAUUUAUUGUACAGAGGUUUUGGUGCGACUUUAAAAGCUUUCGAUUCAGAAUUGAAAUCGGAUAAAUUAAAAAGUUUUCGAGUCGAUAAAAUAAUAGAUCAAUUUAUGCUUUCAAUAAAUACCUACGAUCUUAAUUCUUUACGGGAACUGUGGAGUCACCUUAAUAGACAUAUGUUCUCCAAGUUAGAGAGCAGUUUUUUGCCUAGUGUUAGAAAACUUGAAAAUGCUGUUUUAAAAAUGUACCUGAUAAAUACUGUAGUGACCAGUAAACCAGAAAGAAUGAAUGAAUUUUUUGUAAAAAUGACUCCAGAAUUACAAAAUCAAAGUGAAUGGAAAGAUUGGUUUGUUUUACCAUAUGUUAAGAAUCCAGAAGAUAAUCCCACAUUUUCAUUACAUUUCACAAAGCAGUGGCAGGACACUCUUUUACUGUCUGUACAUAACUUUUUAGCCACAAUUAUACAGUACAUGCCAACUCCAACUCUGAUGCAUUAUGAAGAAGAUGCAAACAAAAUUAACAAGUUGGAAGAAAGGAAUGAAUCUUUGAAGGAACGUUUGGCCAUUUUACUUGAUAGAGGACCCCAAUCAAGCGUUACACCUGUUCAGGUCGAACCCCCUCCUCAUUUACUGGAUGAUUUCUAUGUUAUUGCGCAGGAAAACAACUUAGGAGAAAGCCAAGCUAGAAGUUUACGAAGUAUUAUUAGGAAUAUGAGUAGUAGUCCAAUUUUAGGAAAGAAAGAUAAUGUUACGGGAAAAAAAAGAUCUGGAAAAUAAUGAAUAAUCGUCUUUAGGGGUAUUUUAUACUUUUUGAUAAUCAUCGAAUCACUCGGAAUUUUUCGAGCUAUAACGUGAAAUUGAACCAAAAUAAUGUUUUCUAGUCGAUAUUUUUUACUCAUCAUAAAAAAAUUGUACCUUCAUCAUAUAGUUUUAAAAUUUUUACAGUCAAAGCCAAAGGUCAAAUUGAAAAUUGCUCAAAGUCAAUACUUAAUACAGGGUGAAAGAGAGACUCUUUUUUUUAUCAUAUCCUCAAUUGUCAUACAUCAUUCCCCUCUCCUCACCUCAGCCACUCAUACCAAUACAAUUUAAAUAAUAUGGAAAUGUAGCACAUCAUCGA